AUGCCGCUCCGGGCCCGGGGCCGUCAGCGGGGCUCCUCCGCCGCUUCCGCCGCCCAGCGCCGGGGAGCCGCCCGAGGUAAGCGCGGCCCCGUCGGGGAGCUCCGGGCCGCCGUUGCGCGGCUCCGUGCCGAGAGCUCGUUUCCCCGGCGCGCGGGCACCGCGCCGCGGGUCCCCGGGCGAUGCUGCGAGCGGACGGCGAGAGACGGACGCGGAGCCCCGCCGCCUCGCCCCGGCCGUCCCUGCGGCCCGCCUCGCGGCCCGGCUCGGAGCAGCUGCCCUCCUCGUCGCCUCUCUCCUGCUGCCGCCCGUCCGUCCGCACGGCCGAAGGCUCGGGACAUGCGGGAUUCGGGGCGUUCUCGUGCCCGGGCACCCCCAGAAUGGUUCCCCCACCACCUGUCAGCAAGCCCCACGUGUGCCUCUCAACUGUACUCAUCAUGAGCAGCCUCAUCCUCAUGGAUGCCUACCUGGUGGAGCAGAGCCAGGGCUCCAGGAAGCUGGGCAUCUGUGUCAUGGUGGCAGUGGGCGAUGUGUGCUUCUUGCUGGUGCUCCGCUACGUGGCGAUCUGGGUUGGGGCAGAGGUAAAGACAGCCAAGCGAGGUUAUGCCAUGAUCCUCUGGUUCCUCUAUGUCUUCGUUCUGGAGAUCAAGGUUUACUUUGUCUACCAGAACUACAAAGCUGAUCGGAAGAGCCUAGAUCUCAUGGCUCGCAAAGCGCUGACCUUGCUGCUCUCCAUCUGCAUCCCAGCCCUCUACGUGCUGCUGGUGGCCACAGAGCACAUGGAGUACGUCAGGACAUUCAAGAAGAAAGAAGAUCUUCGCAACCGCCUCUUCUGGGUCAUCGUGGACAUGCUGGAUGUGCUGGAUAUUCAGGCCAACCUGUGGGAGCCCCAGAAGAAGGGGCUGCCACUCUGGGCCGAGGGUAUCAUGUUCUUCUACUGCUACAUCUUGCUCCUGGUCCUGCCUUGCGUCUCCCUGUGCGAGAUCAGCAUGCAGGGGAUCGGCAUUAUGCCGCACCGCAUGAUGCUGUACCCCAUGCUGAGCAUGCUCACCGUCAACAUCACCACCAUCUUCAUCCGAGGCAGCAACAUGCUCUUCUUCAGGGACUCCCGGGUCUCCAGCAUCUUCAUGGGCAAGAACAUGCUGGCCAUCGGGCUGAAGGUCUGUAUGUUUGUGCAGUACCAGCGGCACAGGCACCACGCGCCGCCAGGGCCGGGCCCUGCCCCACAGCAUAGCUGCCAGCCCCAGCCCUCCCCAGGGCUGCAGAAGUCUCGGGACCAGCCUGCCUGCCCUGAGGAGCUGGCACAGGACAACACGUGACAUGCCAGUGGCAACCACAGCCUGGGCACCGCCACGCUUGGCCAUCCCCACAAGACACCAGGAGGGUCGCUGAGCCCCCCUGCCUCUGGACAGCAGGGACUGACCCUGUCUCCUCCCUCCUUGGGCAAGGCUGCUCCAUUCCCCAGGGGCAACACUGCGAUGGGGCAGCCAAGCAGUGCAGGACCACAGCCCUCCAGCUCAAGCCAGAGGCUGAGCAGAGAUGUCACCUGCUCCACUUCAGUGUCUUGCCCCAGCCAGGUGCCCCUCCUGGUGGGAGCGAGGAUCUGGCUCCCCCCACCUCUUGUCCCUCUCAGACAGCCGCAGGCUCGGUGGGGGCUCGAAGAGGGUAACUGACCUUUUUCGUAUCUCCCUCUUUGCAAUAAAAGGCCUGAGCUCUC